UUAACAGUUCACACUGCCGACUGGCCCUGCAGUCUGCAAGCACUCUUCUGCACCUUAAUUGAAAAAGUUUAGACCUUUAUGGUAGCGAGGUCUUUGACAGAGAAGCACACGAAGGAAGCUAGGGUUUCUUCUGAGUUUAUCACACGUGUCAUCUUCUCUGAGUAUUUAUAGAAGGACUCUCUCUCCCUCUCUCUCCUCAGCUAGACGGCCGGGCCUUCGUGCUCUUCCGAGUGAAGCUGAUCUCUUUUAGCAAAUACUUUUGUUUGGGACGAACAUUAUUUACUCUCCUUAAGUUCUCUCAGUUUUAUUUUUUUGUAAGCAUUUGUUAGAGCUGCAUAUUUCUCGGCUAUUCUUGCAGUUUUAAUCCAUCUCUCAUCCGUUGACUUGUACUGCUUUCUUUCAUGGUUCAUUGAAUUUAUCUGGAAUUUUGAGUGUCUCCGUGAGGUAUUCCUUGAGUGUACUGUUGGAGGGAAGUGGUUCAUUGGGUACUCUAAUGGCGUUUUCUGCCUCGAGUAUCAGGUUGCAUGUGCAAUCGCCAUUGCGUGAUUCUCUUGUACGGAUGAGUAUUACUAAUUGCCAUUGCAGAGAUUUUUUGAUUGAGGCCAGCAGAUUAUGGGUACGGAGAAGACCAAAUAGUCAUUGCUCUCUAGUUUUGAAAAAGGAAAAUUUUAUUGCUGCUUGCUUUUCUGCGGGUGCUAAUUUUUUCGCCAAAAAGAAGGGAAGCAAAUUAGCUGUAAGAAGUGAGUUGCAGCCGGUGGCGGGUGCAGACUCUACCGAGUUGAGAAAUUCUAUCAAAGAGACUGACAGAGAUUUUUCAUUUAAGAAGGAAAAUAUGUGUCUUGAUUCAGAAUCUUCUCCAAAGCUUGAUCAUGGAAAUGGAAAUGGUAAUGGAGGUCACUCAAGUGGAAAUGGGAAAUUUCCACCUGGAGGUGGAGGUGGUGGUGAUAACAAUGACCAUGGAAAGGGUGAUGACAAAGAGGAUGAGUUUGGACCUGUUUUAAAGUUUGAGGAGGUGAUUAAAGAGACGGAGUCAAGGCAUGCUGUUCUUCCUUCAGACAUGCUUGAGGCUGCAAAGACUGUUGGUAUUCAGAAAGUUCUUCUGUUUAGAUACCUGGAAAUGCAGGCAUCAGCGUGGCCUCUUGGUAUGGCAAUGAAAUCCUGCUCCCUAUUAAGAAACAGAAUGCUUGCUGAUCCCUCAUUUCUUUUUAAAAUUGGAACUGAGAUUAUCAUUGAUUCUUGCUGUGCAACAUUUGCAGAAGUUCAAAGGAGGGGCAAGGAUUUUUGGGCAGAGUUUGAAUUGUAUGCUGCUGAUCUUUUGGUAGGGUUGGUAGUUAAUGUGGCUUUGGUCAGUAUGUUAGCACCAUAUGCGCGAUUUGGGCAGCCAUCUUCUGCGAAGGGCUUUUUUGGGCGUAUGGCACAUGCCUAUGGAUCUCUUCCUAGCAGUGUUUUUGAGGCUGAACGACCAGGAUUCAGAUAUUCACUACAGCAGAGGAUUGGAACAUAUUUUUUUAAGGGAAUUCUCUAUGGGUCGGUUGGGUUUGCAUGUGGGAUUGUGGGGCAAGGGAUUGCAAAUAUGAUUAUGACAGCCAAACGGAAUGUAAAGAAAUCAGAGGAUGACAUACCUGUCCCACCUCUUAUCAAAAGUGCAGCACUUUGGGGUGUGUUUCUCGCGAUUUCUUCAAACACUCGCUACCAAAUAGUUAAUGGCCUGGAAAGAUUGGUUGAAGCAUCACCUGUUGCUAAAAGCAUUCCGCUUGUUGCCAUGGCUUUCACUGUUGGCAUUCGGUUUGCUAAUAACGUUUAUGGUGGCAUGCAAUUUGUUGAUUGGGCUAGGUGGAGUGGUGUUCAAUGAUCAUUGGGAUAUGUUUUUUGAACAUGAGGAACACUUGUAAGCCUGCAGGAUCUGAUUUGCAAGGCAUGAAUCCUUCAUGAUUAUUGACUGCUACUGCAGCCAAAUGCCAACAUCUAUAGCUUGCUUGAUAGACUAUUGUUUUAGAUUCAAUCAAUAAGAUUCAUUGCUAUUCUAUUUCUUUCUCCUGGAUGCAAUGUUAAAAAUGCUUUUCGAAGCAAGACAUGGCCGACAAUACACCAAGGUAGCACUGUAUGAUUGUGAUAAUAUUUGCGACUCCAUCAAUUAAGAACAAGAACUGUUUAUAUUUGUAGCAUAAAUUCAUCAAAUAUUUUUUGUAGUCUA